AUUCUGAUCCUCUAUACGACUGUCAGUCUCGACUAUCUUUCCAGAUCUUACACGUGUAUAUGCGCGCGUAUGCGAAUUGUCAAAAAUAUAGAAAGAUAACAAUGCAGCCCCUCUUACGGGCAUUCCGGUACCGUAAGCAAAUUCUUGAACGAAUUCCUCGCUGGCGAGUACGCACGCCACGAAUAAUAUUGCUAAUGUUUUUGUAGAUUCCCCUUUCUUAGACAUUGUAAUUUGUACGAACUAAAAAAUUUUAAGAAACUAAUUUUAUUUUAGUGACUUAGAUAGCUGAACAACUUUCAAAUUGAAUGCUGUGAACACAAUUUUUGGAUCACGUGCAUUUUUUCAUAUUUAUAGCGAAAAGUAGAUUAUCGAGUAUCGAGUUAUUUCUCGACUUCAUUUCUUGUUGGAAUGGUAAUGGGAAAUGCAAACAUUCUAUUAAUAUUAAUAGAAUAGAUUCUAAUGAUUAAGAUGACGCGUAACGAGUUACGACACACACUCGUAACUCUUUCUUGCAACAUUAUAUGUUUUUGCUUUACUUGCUUCUUCGAUAAAAACUGCUUGACGCAAAGUCAUCUUAAAUGAUAACACGAACAAACGCGAUAAAAACACAUUGAUGGCUAGAUAAACAAGAAAAACAAGCAUGAUUCUGUAAAAUAUUAAAUAUGUCGAUAAUAUUUCAAACAUCUUUUUAUUUACUUUUGUGAUUAGAAAUAAAUAACGCUAUUACUGAGUUAAAAGUGUUAUAUAUAAUUGCUCGAUUUCUGGCAUUAGCAGUAUACGUACGACUGAAAAAGAUUUAUAAUGCACAGGAUGCACUCAAUGUAUUCUUCCAAGAAAGGCGAUCCGCUUUGUCCUUUGGGUUUUCACCCACAAGUUCGAUGGCCGACGCGCUGUAAACGUUGUUUCAGAGAUUACAAAGAGCAUGGCGGGAGAAGAAAUAGCCUCGGAGAUAUUACAUCUUCAUCUCCUAGUCUUACGUCGGAUUCUUCGACGCGUGGUUCCGAAAAUAAGAGGACGUGGUCCUCGGCUACAAACUUGGCGAAGGAUGAAAUCAAGAAUAAUCGUGCAGAGCCGGUGGCGACGACUGGAUGGACAUCUCUGAUGGACCUUUCUGCCAUAGAUAAGCAUCCAGAAGAUGCUCCUAAAUUAGAAAAUGUUAGAAAACCGGCAAAACUUCAAAUAAAGAAUGUAAUAAGCAACACCAACGGAGGCGCUUCGGAAAACGAUGUGGAAUUUAUAAUUCAGGUAAGGAAAUCGCGGCCAGCACCGGCAAAACAGGUGAUUCAGGAUGGGCUGGACAGUUUUACGGUAAAGGGCGAAGAAACCGAGAAUGAGGUAGAAAAAUUGAAGUCUCAAUUAAACGAUAUGAAAGCCAGAUGCGAAAAAGCGGAGAAAGAGAAAAGCGAGAUAUUAUUGCGUCGAUUAGCGACUAUGGAGACGAUGACGAACAAGACAUCAACGGGCGAAAUGGCGAAAUUGCAAAAGAGAAAUGAAGCACUUGUACAAGAAAAGAACAUAUUGUCGGCGAAGAUAAAAAGUUUGGAGAAGGAGGCAGUCGCCAAACCAUAUCGAGGUGAGAGGGACAAAGCGCAGGAUGAAGUACGUUCGAAACUGAAGGCCGCGGAAAACCUUUGCGAAAGUUUAAUGGACGAAAACGAGGAUAUGAAGAAGGAAAUUAGACAGUUAGAAGAAGAGAUCUAUGAGUUGCAGGAUAACUUUAGGGAUGAACAAGCAGAUGAGUAUACCCGUUUGCGAAAAAGUUUAGAGCAGUCAAACAAGAAUUGUCGAAUAUUGUCGUUCAAACUGAGAAAAAUAGAGCGUAAAGCUGAAGAAUUAGAGAAUGAACGAUCUGCUCUGGAAAAGAAACAUGAAGAGAUGAAGAAAACAGAAGAGACUCUGCAAAAAGUAAGCAAUGCAUUCCAGAAUAGAACGCAAAAGAAACCGACAGAUGCUACAACGAAAAUACAACUCAAAAAGAUGGUUGACGAAAUGGAAAAAGAAAUAGAAGACAUGAUGAAUAUCUUCACCAACAUUAAAAAUGGUCAUAAUGUGGACAUAGCGGAUGUGAAACAAAAAGAUAAUAAUUUAAAGUAUGAUACGCUUUUAAAAGAAUACGACUUGCUUAAAGAACAAUUGGAGUCUACGGUGAAGGAAUUGGCCAGUGAGAAAGAAAAGAAAAAGGUUCAACCAAGCGUAAAAUUAGACGACACUAAAACCACAGAACUACAAAAUGUGAAGAGAAAGUUGGACGAAGCAGUUACUUUACGUGAAGUUGAAAGAAAAGCGUGGGAAAAAGAGAAAGUAUCACUCUCAGAAGAAAAGGAAAAGUUGAAAUCUAAACUUCUGUCACUAUCAGCUGAAAAAUUAAAAGUUUAUAACGAGGUUGUGCAACUGAAAAAAGACCUCGAAACGGCCAAAUCGUCGGAAAAAGAUUCCGCGAAGAUGGAAGUAACAAUAAAUGAGUUGAAAGAAAAGCUAUCGCAAGAACAAGAGAAUUGUAAGAAACUGCAGGAUGAUUUAUCAUCGCACACCGAAAGAGAAUCGAAAAUGUCGCAAUCAAUAACGUCCGUUGAACAAACAAAAACAAAACUUGAUGCUGAAGUAAAACGUCUCAAAAAGGAGUUGGAGAACACGAAAUCAACUACAUCAACCAAGAUCACAGAUCUGACUACAGAAAUUACGGAACUUAAACGAGAGAGCGAGAAAUUAACAUCACAGCUUAACAGCGAGAAAGAGACAAAAGAAACCGAAAUAGCAGCGCUCCAAAAGAAGAUAACUUCUUUAGAAAAGGCUGGACAAAAUACGAAGCGAAUAAAUGAAAUGAAACAGACGUACAAUGAGAAAAUCUUGAAUCUCGAGAAUGAGAUUAAACAGCAGAAACAAGAGCAAGAAGCACUGACCAAAAAGUGGCAAGAGCUUACGAACUCGAAACUACAAAUUGAAAGGGAUAAAGAAUCUCUGAAUAGUAAAUGUACCGAGUAUAAAAAGGAUUUAAAGAAAAUUCAAACAGAACUUGAAGAGUUACGUAACUCGACGAAAACGAAAGAGAACGAAUGGCGAUUAGAAAAAUCUGCACUUGAGAGCCAAGUUCGUGACAAUCAGGCACCGAACAAAGUUAUUGUAAUAGAAUUAAAUGAUGAAAUUAAUACAUUAAAAAAAGAAAAUGCUACUUUACUGGAACGACUGGAAGAUAUGAGAAAAGUGAAUGACGAUCUGUCGGCGAAAUUGAAAGAUUACGAAGCGGUCUCCAAGAUUCAUCAAGUGUUAACGCCGGACACUACGGCACUGGAAUCGGAAAUUCGAAAAUUGAAAAAUGCCUUGUCAAACACGGAAAAGGCCAAGAAAGCAGAUCUGGCGCAGUGUAAAAUGCGUUAUGAACAUAGAAUCACGGCGAUCAAUGACGAAAUCCAAGCAAUACAGAAUCAAUUGUCGCGAUACAAACGCGAACGCGACACUUAUAAGCACAUGUUGGAGGGUGCUCAAAAAACGAUAGGUGAACUAAAGUCCACAAGACAAGGUAGACAGUCCAAUGCAUCCUCUGGAAAGUCGGAUGAAGAUGAAGAAUCAACAAAAGCCAACAUAUUAGUACUGGAGAAACAGAUUAGUUGCAUGGAAGAUGAACUUUCUGAGACGAGACUCGAAGCUUCUAGGCUAAAAGCUGAGCUAGUGUCCGAGAAAUCUGCCAGUCACGUUAAAGUAUCCGAAUUACAAUCGCGUAUUAAUGAGUUGGAGGAAGAACGAUUACUCACCAGUGGACGCUCGAAAAUUCCCGGAUUAAAAGUGCGAAUGGAGUUAGCCUGGCAAAAGGAGAGAGAAGAGCAUCAGAGGUUGCUGCAGGAGACGGCUACGCUAGCACGAGAUUUACGGCAAACGCUAUUCGAGAUAGAGAGAGAACGAAGUAAGGAGCGACUUGAAAAUAAAAGGAGGCAAGAUCAGCAAAAGAAGGUAUUCGAUGAAGAGAAAGAAGAAAAGAAGAAAAAAUUAUUGGAGCUGCAAUGCGAUCUACUCGAGCUGAGGGACGCGCAUGCGAAAUUAAGAACGAGCAACGAGAAAAUGAGACGAGAAAAGGAACGACAUGAGAAGGAGAGGCAGGAACUCAAAGAAGUGAUAUUUAACAAAUCCAAGUCGGAGCAAAUUGAACUGCGCAAUAUAAACAUUCUUAUGCAGCAAGUACAAGACCUGUUACAACUUUUCCCCGAACUGAACACCGUGAGGGAGAAUGGAACACCUGAAGUAUACACGCCAACUCCGCCGAGACGAUUGAAGGGACCAAAAUCGAGAGAGUCUUCGCCAAUGUUGGAGACGAAGAGCGACGUGAAAGUUAUAAGCCCGAUACUCGGCGAAAGAACAGAGAAAUUAGAAUACACUAUUAAGAAAUUAAUGGACGUAGCAAAGGAACUCAAGGAAUCGAAGAAAACAACGGAUGAAGUGAACGCAACGCGAAUGAAGAAAUUGAGCAAAAGAUCGACAUCAGUAGAGAGCGAUCCAGGAAAAGGAAUAAUAUUGAAUCGUAGUAAACCGCGUUUGAAGAGAAAGAGUCUUUCUUUGGAACAAACAUCUGAGCGUCAACAAGUGAGUACAUGUUUCAUAAAAAUGCAGAAAAUUGUUUCAUGAAAUAUGAAAGUACAAAAGCAUGAAAUAUAUAAAUUCUAUUGGUAGAUAAAAUGCUAGUUUGUAAUAACGCAAUUACAUGUUUCAUAAAAAUGCAGAAAAUUGUUUCAUGAAAUAUGAAAGUACAAAAGCAUGAAAUAUAUAAAUUCUAUGGUAGAUAAAA